ACAGAGACCGAUUUAAAUGAAGCUCAAAUAAUUGCAAAUAAUAGCACACAGACGUGUUACACCGGGGUUAAAAUAUGCUAAGGACGUUGCCUUUUAGAUGGAAAAAGAACCGACCGAAGAAAAUUACCUCAGCAAUCAGUACAGAUUGUAACGAAAUGUGAUUUUUCGUGUCAUCGUUGAGCAAAAUCAGGUUCAAUGGAGAUCGGGUUGUCUGACGAAGAAAUCCCGAAUGAGCGUUCGGUAGAUGUCGAGAACGCCAUAUCCGGCAUUCCAGAUGAUCCUGACAGAGAAGUUUGUUUGGAUUCUGAUUCUGAAAGGGCAUUAGUGACAGUGACAAGUAUGCCCCCCAACGUAUUGGUUAGCACGACGACUGCAAACUUAUUUGCAGAUCAAGAAUCUUUUAAAGCAACUCGGAUUAUCAUUCACGAACCUCCAUCCUUAGAAGGACAACAAACAAUCACUUUCAACGCGCUUAAUAGAAGUUUGUCUGUUCCAGAAAAGCAUUUUAAUUGGGAUCCUUCUGUUUACAAUAAUGUAUUACCUGUCAGAUGCAAAAAUGUUCGUGGUGAACUACAUAAAUCCAGAUUUGGCUCAGGAAGACGUGGGCGCAGCAUCUUAGUAGAUGGUACUUGGUACACUCCAAGUGAGUUUGAAGCACUAUGUGGCCGAGGUAACAGUAAAGAUUGGAAAAGGAGUAUUCGUUAUGCUGGACGCACGUUGAUGUGCCUUAUUGAAGAAGGUAUUCUUCGUCCUCAUGCUACUGCUUGCACUUGUGCAGCUUGUUUUGAUGACUUCUCUGGAGAAGAUGGUCCAGCAGACACCAUGAGUGGACCUGUUAGGCUGUUCACUCCUUAUAAAAGGAAAAGGAGAGCUGGUCGGCCAAAACUCAAAGUAUGUACCCGAUCGAGAACGUCUGACAGAGGCACUAUUAAUUCUGCUCCAGUAGAGUUGCAGCCAGAAGAUUUGACAUUGCAGAACACAUCAACAGAUGCUCUUACUACAAUAACUGUGCCUUUAAUACCAAGAAACACAAGCAAUCCCAUCAUUCCUAAUACAGAAUCUGUUAUUGUUACACCUGCAGCAACCCCUCAAACUCCUGGAUGUGCUCCAACUGCAUUAGACUUUAGUGAACAAAGACAUUGGUGGAAAUUAGAAGAGAUGGUAAAAAAUGCAGUACGUCAAGUUUCUGACUUACAGAAGCAUGUUGAAGUUGUCAAAAGUCAAAGUGCUAUUGCUCGGCAAGCUGCUUUAAAUCAGCUGAGAAUUCAAAUGGAGAAAGAAAAAAAUGAGGCCUUAACUGCUCUUCGUAUGGAAGCUGACGUGGCACUUUCGCAAGCUAUUCUUGAAGCUAAAGUUGAAAAGGAUGCUGCUGUAGAAGAGGCUGUUCAAAAAACCCGCCAAGAAAUGCAGCAGAAAAUCCAUUCUCUUGCGGGAAGUCAUGCAGAUUCAUACAAACUUUGUGCGAAUUGUAAUCGAGAAGCUGUAUCCAAAUGUACGGGCUGUCAUCGAGUAAGUUACUGUAGUGCCUUUUGCCAGAGAAGGGAUUGGAGAAUUCACAGAGAUGACUGUUGUGAAAAUGUUCUUACUACAGCAGAUGAAUGUGCGGAACUUGUUGAUGACUGUGAUGAUCCCACAAGCUAAUCUUAAGUGUUCUUGUACAUCAAAGUAAAAAGCAAAUUAAAACCACUUGUGCUUUAAACUUCAUUGUCAAUUAAAAACAAAAAGUCAGUUUUUUAUUACAUGAUCUCAAAUUUAUUUAUGCUUAAUUUAGUGCCAAAUCAAUUUAAUUCAGUUGUCUAAUUUGAUAUUAAUUAGUUCUUAAUUUCAGUGUUUAUUCUUUUAUUUUAUUGCUUGCAAUAUUGUAUACUUUAUUUAACCUGAAACUUUUGAAAUUGAUUUAGGUAUUUGAAAAAAUGAUGAGUUUUUUAGAUUUACUUCUGUAAAAAGAACAACCGUAUGAUUCUACAUAACAAAUCUUACAUGAAAAUCUUACAUAAUUUGCAAUUCUCAUAUUUCUUCCUUUUAAGUAUUAAACUGCAAUUUUUAUUUAU